AUGAGGCCCCGGGCCUCCGCCGGAGUCCGGCCCGCGAAGCGGACCGCGGCGCCCAGCGCUGCGAUCCAGGCGCAGCUGGCCACCGCUAACGGUGCUCUUUCAGACUAUGUGAAGGUCCGCACCGUGGGUCGCGGGAGCUUCGGCGAGGCCCUCCUGGUGAGACACCGAAGCUCCGGCCAAAUGUCUGUACUGAAGCGCGUACGUCUGGAGGGCAGCAGCGACGCUGCCGCCGCAGCCGAGAGCGCGGCCCGCGAAGCGCAAGUUCUGCAGAAGCUACGACAUCCGCACAUCGUGGAAUUCUUAGGCGCCUUCGUUGACAACUCGCGGGAUUCUACCGGCGGCACAUUGUGUCUGCUGAUGGCCUUCUGCGAAGGAGGCGACCUACAGAACAGACUGCAAAAGGUACGCCAGGAGUGCCGGCGGCUCUCGGAGCAGCCGGCGCUGCGUUGGUUCGACGAGCUUUGCAGCGCUUUGGCCUACGUGCAUCAGCACCAGGUUUUGCACCGUGACUUGAAGCCCUCCAAUAUCUUCCUUUCCGGUAGAAGUGCUGGCAGUGCCCACUACAUUCACGAAGAGGAGUCCGUCUCCAUCGGAGACUUCGGCGUCAGCCGUCCUCUGACCCACUCGAUGGAACUCGUAACCACAAUGGUGGGAACACCUUGCUAUCUCAGCCCAGAGGUGUGCGAGCUCAGACAGUACUCGGAUGCAUUUGAGCGAUGGGGCUCCCCGCAGCCAAGCGUGCUGUCCACGGGUGAGCAGCGUUUCCUGCUCGUCCGGCACGGACAAACGACCUUCAAUGCAGAGAAGCGCUUUCAAGGCUCCAUGGAUGAGGGCUCCGUUCUAACUGCCAAGGGCAUCUCCCAAGCAGAAGAGCUGGGCCAGUGGCUGAAGGGAAAUCCGGUUGCAGCCGUGUUCGUUUCGCCGCUGCUGCGAGCGCGUCAGACUCUGGAAGUGGCCAGGACUGUUGCAGGCGAAGUGCUGCCACCCACGGAGACCAAGCUCUCCGAGCUGCGUGAGAUUGACCUCUACGAGUGGCAGGGCCGAACGCAGGACGAGAUCCGGGCAGAGGAUCCGGAAUUCAUCAGAUUGUGGAAGGAGGAAACUUGGAACCUCCAGGUCAGUGGCCGUUAUGUGGUGCGAGACCUGUGGCGCCGUUCCAUCGAGGCCUGGCAUCGGAUGCGGCAGGUGGCCCCCAGCAGAGGAGAAACGUCGUUGGUCGUCGCCCAUGGAGCAAUUAUCAAGGCCCUGAUCAGCACUGCCCUCGGCUUGCCGGAGCAGGGCUUCCGACAUCUCGCCAUGUCCAACGGUGAGGUGGUUGAGGUCGCGUGGUCAGGCUCCGAAGCCAAGUGGCGCAAGCUUCAUCCCGACAAAGGACCUUGGAGAUGCUUGGCAGACGAGGAGCAGGCCAUGAAGGCCAACCCUGGCAAAGAUCUCAGCAACAUGGACGCCGCAUAG